AUGUCUCUCGAAAAGUGCAAAGUUUGUUUCGACCUGGACGAGACUUCGAUGGUUGUCAUCCCUUGGCAAAAAUCAAUUAUCCAUUACUAUCCCCUUCGCCACAGUGCUUCCACAUGCCGGUAUUGUAAAAUACUCUUCGAUGGCAUCACCCAUGCAAUUUCUGGCAAUAAAACCCCAAGUUUCAGCUUUGCCAUAGGCAAUACUCUUCGAUUAACCAUGCAAGAUCUCAUGCUAGCAUCGGGCAUCGAACGAACUAUAGAGUACUAUCGCAACAACUUGCAUGCUUCAGAAGCUGUAAAUACAAGUCCAGGCGCAACAGAACAGACUUCUUCCGCAAGUGCGAUCAAAUUUCGUGCUCGCCCUACUCAAUUCUGGGACGAGUCCGUCCGCUUACGACUCCAACAGUGGACUGGUGCGUCCCUCGUGGCCCUGCUCCCACGUCGAAUCCUUGAUCUAGGUGAUGAUGGAGUACCACUUAGAAAUAGCAUCCAACUACUCGAGCCUGAGGCAGUAUAUGCUCCAUACGUUACAUUGAGCCAUUGCUGGGUGAACCGAGAGGUUCUUACCACCACUACCGCGAAUCUGCAUACUCACAUCAAACACAUCUCCUUUGAUUCACUUCCGCAGACUUUUCAGGAAGCUAUCAAGAUCUGCAGAUGGCUGAACAUUCGCUAUCUAUGGAUUGACAGCUUGUGCAUUAUUCAAGACGACCUUGUUGACUGGGAGCAACAAGCAGCAAGAAUGGAUUCAAUUUACGAAAAUGCAUUCUUCACCAUGGCAGCUCAUGGACACGCAGGGAGCUCCAUGAUCCCAACAUACAAUGAGUGGAAUAUUCCUACGGAGUUACCGGGUCUACAAGACACGAUCUGUGCUCGAGAUAUCCCGUUUCAUAGCUUCCUCUCUCCAGUGGGUGUGGUCAUGGGCUCAGUUGGGCAAGAGGCUCCUGACGAGAUAUCCGGUAGAGGUUGGUGUUACCAGGAGCGAUUACUGUCCCGGCAAAUACUACAUUUCACACAGACUGAAGUCCUACACGAAGAUCAUAGAGGUCGCAUAAAAUGUCAAUGCGAUGAUCAGAUUCCCCAUGGUUUCUGUGUCGCGGCAGACCGGCGACCUACUUUAACUCUCUCGAAGUCACCUUCCAAACAGUGGCGAGAAAUUGUGAAGCAAUACUCGCAGAAGACAUUUACCCGCACAUGGGAUAUUUUACCUGGGCUCUCUGGAAUUGCACGACGUUUUCACCAAGAACAUACACUAGGAGACUAUCUAGCUGGACUUUGGAGCCGCGAUCUACUGCGAUGGCUAUGCUGGAAGAGUGUUCGGAUUGCUUUGUGGGGCGCUGUAUCAAGUGGCUGCGAUCGAUGCGGUAUCUGGCCACGACGAUUAACGGAACUGGCUCCACGCGCACAAUAUAUUAUACCUACAUUUUCUUGGGCCUCGCGGAUCGGGGGUUGUGAGUAUCUCAACAAGGUUUGGGAUGAUGCCUAUCAGCAAGUUAGUGAGAUCAAGAGCACAUGCUUCGAGUCGACACCUGAGAGUCCUUUCGGUAGAUUCAACAUGUGCUCUUUAAAGAUAUCCGGACCCGUGAAAGACAUGACUGUAUUGUCCACGGUUAACAAAGACCGAAAAUACACAUCUGGAUGUCGCACUGAAUAUGCUUACCUGUUUGAUCCUACUGUCUAUGAAUCGCUCUGCUUAUGCAAUCUUGACGAGCAAUUUGAGCAAGCGAGGCUGCUUGCAACUCGUUUUGAUUUCGAUGCGGUGGACGACAUCCCAGCUGAUGGCAAGCUGGUGACGGUGAUGGAACUAUUCAGGGAAGCUCAGUCAAGCGUUGCCUUGGUUCUGGCGAGGUCCAGUGAUAACCAUGGCAAUGUAGAGGGGCCUUUUCAUCGCGUUGGGAUCUGCAUGGGUUCUACUCGGUCCAUUGGUCUGCAUGCAGCCCAUCAGCAUGAAAUUAUACUUGCUUAA